AUGAAUGGAGUGACAGAUGAGCAGGUUCGACUAAGGCUGUUUUCUUUCUCUUUAGAGGAUUCAGCAAAGGACUGGUUAGAGAGUUUGGAGCCAGGAUCAAUUAGAACAUGGGAUGCUAUGGUGGAAAAAUUCUUGGAGAAAUUCUAUCCCCCUAGUGAAGCUAUAAAGAGGCAACACGAGAUCAUUGCCUUUCAGAUGACUCCCGCAGAGAAUAUCAUAAACGCAUGGGAGAGGUUUAAAUCUUUGAUGAAACGGUGUCCCAACCAUGGGCUAACCCCGACAGUUCAAGUCAUUACAUUUUUCAAGGGAUGUGUGCCUGAAGCACAAAAGGAGUUGAACUUGAGCUCAGGCGGUAAUUUUCUCAAGAAAGGAGUGAAUGAAGUCAUGGAAGUAAUAGAGGAGCUUGCAUCUAAUGACGAAGGAUGGAGCAACGAAAGGAGUAAGCUGCAUAGGGUAGCGUCUACUACAGAUCGUGACCCUAUGAGCGCCCUAUCCGACAAGUUGGAUGCGUUGACAAUGAAAUUUGACUGCAUGGCAAUGGGGCAACCGUCUCAAGAACCCCAAGGAAAUAUGGAGGACGUGAACUAUGUGAAUCAAGGGGGCAACAACCGGUACUACAAUAAUCAACGCCCCAACUUUCAGGGUGGAGGAUAUAAUCAGUUCGGGAACAAGGGGCAUCCCAAUCUCUCUUAUGGGAACCCCAAUAAUGCUUUGCAACCACCCCCGGGGUUCACAGUUACUGUUGGAGUGGUUAAUGAUCCGAAGAAGAUGACCACGGAAGACAUACUCAAGUCUUUUAUGCUACAGUCCCACAAGUCCAUGGAGCAGGACAAUCAAAGGAUGGAGAAGGUUGAGACAGAAGUGCAAAGUAUGGCCACUCAUCUGAAGAACAUCGACACACAGAUCAGCCAGAUUUCCCAGACUGUGAGUAAUAUUACUCAAUCGGGAAAAUUCCCUUCGAACACCAUCAUAAAUCCCAAUGAUUGCAAAGUUGUGCAGUUGAGGAGUGGAAAAAGUUAUGAGGGACGUGCAAUGACAUCAGAGGACAGAGUAAUGGAAAAGGCACCUGAAGAGGAGGAGUUAGUCGAGGAAGUUGAGACCGAGACAGUACAGAUUACUUCCCCACCUAAGGAGAACAUGGUUCCAACUCUACCUACACCACCUGCAGCUCACACUCCCACUGAUGUAAGGAUUCCCUAUCCUCAACGUGUGCAGAAGAAGAAAAAGAAGACAGAUGCACAGUUCUCGAGGUUCUUGGAUAUAUUUAGGAAGGUGCAGAUAAACAUCCCAUUGGUGGAGGCACUACAGCAGAUGCUCAGCUAUGCCAAGUUUCUGAAGGAUGUCGUUUCCAACAAGAGGAGAUGGAUGGAGUAUGAGACAGUGAAUUUGACUGAAAGCUGCAGCGCCAUUAUUCAGAAGAAGCUGCCAGCUAAACUGAAGGAUCCGGGAAGUUCUACCAUCUCUUGCAUAGUGGGAGAUUGUCAAGAAGGGAGAGCGUUAUGUGAUCCGGGGGCGAGUAUCAACCUGAUGCCUUAUUCGUUCUUCCAGAAAAUGAAGAUUGGAGUGCUCAGACCCACUACUAUAUCACUACAGAUGGCUGAUAGAACAGUGUCGUAUCCGAAGGGGAUCGUUGAAGACAUACUUGUCAAGGUCGGGGAAUUUAUUUUUCCAGCCGACUUUGUAGUACUUGAUAUGGAGGAAGAUAGGCACGUUCCACUUCUCUUAGGCAGGCCCUUCUUAGCCACAGAGAGAGCACUGAUUGAUGUGCACAAAGGAGAACUUACUCUCCGACUGAAUGAUGAGAGUAUCACAUUUUCCAUCUAUGAUGCGAUGCAGAAAUAUGAUGAUGAGAAUGCUUGGAGGUUCAAACAGUGUAACAUGAUCGAGGUGAUUGAUGAUUGUGUGAGAGAGGUAGCCCAUGCUAUCUCUUAUCAAGACAGGCUCGAGCGAUGCCUAUCGCAGUCUUUACUGGCUUCAGACAAUCUGCAAGUGUCUGAAUUUACUGAGGAGCUACUUCAUUUUGUGGGAGCUCUUAAUUCUGGUGGGGAGAUUCCAAGAAGGAACAACAAGUUUUUAUCUCUCAAAGAUCCGGCAGAUGAGGAAGAGAAAGAAGAGAAGAAAGAGGAACUUAAGUCGUUGCCUUCACACCUCAAGUAUAAACUGCUGCGAGUGCUCAGGAAGCAUAAGGGAGCAAUAGGGUGGUCUGUCUCGGACCUCAAGGGAAUCAGCCCUACUGUCUGCAUGCACAGGAUUCUAUUAGACGAAGGAUCCAAACCUAAAGCUCAGAAUCAAAGGAGGCUCAACCCGAUAAUGCAAAAUGUGGUGAAAAAGGAGGUAUUGAAGUGGUUGAAAGCCGGGAUUAUAUAUGCCAUUUCUGACAGUGAUUGGGUGAGCCCCACCCAAGUCGUAGCCAAGAAGGGUGGAAUGACUGUGAUUCAAGGUGGCAAUGAUGAGAUGAUAGCCACAAGGUUGGUGACAGGAUGGCAAGUUUGCAUUGACUACAGAAUUCUCAAUGCAGCCACGAGGAAGGACCAUUUCUCUCUCCCCGUUUAUUGA